CCUCCUCCGCCGGCGGCUCAGCCCUGUGCUCCUUUGAGUCAGGCCGCGGCCCGGGGUCGCCGCGCCGCACGUCCUGUGCCGUCGUGGGUGCGGCUCUGAUGCAGCGGCUGGCUCCGGACGCCCGGAGCUCUGCAGGAAUUUGAGAAGAUUUUAUUCAUGUGCAUGUCAUAGAAGAUGAAUUCCUCCUCUUCUACUAUGAACGAAGAGCCUGAUGCUCUGUCGGUAGUUAAUCAGCUACGGGAUUUAGCGGCAGAUCCAUUAAAUAGAAGAGCCAUCGUCCAGGAUCAGGGAUGUCUGCCUGGCCUUAUUUUGUUUAUGGACCAUCCCAACCCCCCUGUUGUCCACUCAGCUUUACUUGCGCUCCGAUACUUGGCUGAGUGUCGUGCAAACAGAGAGAAGAUGAAGGGAGAGCUGGGGAUGAUGUUAAGCUUACAGAACGUCAUCCAGAAGACUACAACUCCGGGAGAAACAAAACUUCUGGCCUCUGAAAUCUAUGACAUCCUUCAGUCCUCCAAUAUGGCUGAUGGUGAUAGUUUUAAUGAAGUGAAUUCACGUCGGAGGAAAGCUCAGUUUUUUCUAGGAACUACAAACAAACGUGCCAAAACGGUAGUUUUGCAGAUAGAUGGUCUGGAUGAUACGUCUCGAAGAAAUCUGUGCGAAGAGGCUUUGUUAAAAAUUAAAGGUGUUAUUAGCUUUACUUUUCAAAUGGCUGUACAAAGAUGUGUGGUGCGAAUCCGAUCAGAUUUGAAAGCAGAGGCUCUGGCGUCAGCAAUCGCAUCAACCAAGGUCAUGAAAGCGCAGCAGGUUGUAAAGAGCGAAAGUGGAGAAGAGAUGCUGGUCCCUUUCCAAGAUGCCCCUGUGGAAGUGGAAGAGAACACAGAGCUGCCUGACUACCUUCCUGAGGACGAGAGCCCCACAAAGGAACAGGAUAAGGCAGUGUCCAGGGUUGGCUCACACCCCGAGGGUGGAGCCAGCUGGUUGAGCACAGCUGCAAACUUUUUAUCCAGAUCAUUUUACUGGUGACUUCAACUUCAGCUUGGGGCUCAAGGACUGUGCAAAUCAACAGGGGGCCAGCUUUCCAUUGUUUUGAUGAACUGUCAAGUGCAAUUUGCAAUAGGUUAUCAUGGAAAGUUUCUAGAUUACAUGACUGCAUAUGCUGCAUUUUACAUUUGACUGGACAUUUUCCCCACCGAUUGGUAAACAGGACAGACAGAGCUGCUGUGGAAUUGGUUUGUGAAGGUAUUUUGGUAUUGUUUUCCUUUGCUUAAUUGCCUAUUUUUUGAAAAACAUGGGUCCACUGUUAAAACCAAAUGUACGUGCAGCUUUAUAUUCUGUUUUACAUGAAGCAUGUGACUAGGAAAACUCAUUUUCUCCUCAAGCCUCAGGAGUUUUCUGAAGAGAAGUUUUGCAUAGCUCAAGUUGUGCAUGAAUUUUUAGCAGCUUUUCUUCAUGAACGAUACGUGACAUGUGCUUUGGUACCGUCUCUGAAAGUUGAAACAUACCUAGUUAUCCCCCUUCUGUGCCUUUUUUGUUUUGCCAACCAUGUUUAUAGAAAGGACAUUAUUAAUGGCAUUUUGCAAAUGGAAUUAUAUUCAUUUGGAUAUAGCAGUACCUAAAAAAAAAAAAUUCUACCAAAAAAAAAAAAAAAAAAAACCUUACAAUCUUACUUGCUAUAAUUUAAUAAGGAAGGUUACUGUGAACCAGUUAAGACAACAGGGAUAUGAACAGCAGCAAAGUACUCUUGGGAGAGUUUGAAUGUGACCAAGCGUGGCUCUAUUGACUCCUGUUCACGUAGGUCAUAGUGACUUUUGAGAAUUAAGUCCAUUGUGAUCUCUUGAGCAGUUGUAACCUGUGGUGACACUGUCCUGCUAGAGGAGAGUAAUAGGUUUGAUUUCCCCCACCCACCCACCCCAAGACAGGGUUUCUCUGUAUAGCCCUGGCUGUCUUAGAAUUGACUUUGUAGACCCAGCUGGCCUUGAACUGAGAGAUCUGCCUGCCUCUGCCUCCGGAGUGUUGGGAUUAAAGGUGUGCGCCACCACAGCCUGGCAAGAAAAGCAAUAGUGAAUAGUUUAAAGAGCUGACAAACUUGAAAACUAAGUUGGAUUCCUUGAAUGCUGCAUUGCCACUUGGUUAGUCUGACUUCAGACAUAAACUGUCUGCUACAUGCCCAUUCCAGAGAUUUUUUUUUUUUAUUGCCUUUUUGUGCAGUCAAAUUGAAUAAAACAAUAAAACCCCAAAUUGUUGCUUCUAGAGAAAGAAAGCCAGCGCUGGUCACUUAGUCUUAUUUUUUCAUGUCUAAUCAGAAAGAGAGAAAUGACUUCAGUAAAGGUAAGAUAACAUAAAUGCACACAUGUUUCUUUCUUUCUUUCUUUUUUUUUUUUUUUUAAGACUGAAUUACAUGCUUGUGAUGCUUUCUUAAGAUCCUAAAAUAUUUGACAACCAAUAUUUUCUUUUUGGAAAUCCAGCUAAAUCUGUUUUUAUGUCAAUAUCACUAAAACUGACAGGAAGAAACUGCAGUCACCUUUGUCAUCGUGUAGAGCUGCUCUUUUGCUACAUGGAGAAUGUGAACUGAAGUUGGACUCUGGAGAGUUUCCUUGUGUUCUUGUUGUUUCUCUUCUAGAGAAAAUUGAAAUUGUCCAGUGUUACCAGGGGGAAAAUCAUCAUAAAAUACUAAGCGUGUGAGAGCUUUUGAGUUCAUUAACAUUGUGGCUUUCUCUUUAGAAAUCCAGCUUCAAUGCUAUAGAAAGGAGGUGGUGCUUUAUUUUCAGCACAUCUGACUCUGGCAGCAAGUAGUAUUACGUGUUAGCAGUGUGCUACCCAUUUGUGUCCAAGAUCAGACAAGGCGCACACAGCAGCUCUUCAUGGUGAUGAGGUGACUGCAGUUUCUUCCUGUUAGUUCUUAGUGAUGUUGAUGUGAAAAUAGAUGUAGCUGGAUUUCUAAAAGGAAAGUCAACAAACCCAGAAGCUCAUUGUGGCUUUCUGGAUGAGGGUGUUGAAGACAUUUAGAUCGUUUUUCCACAUGUCUGAUCUCUGAUCAAGUAGUAGGCACAAAAAAAAAGCAGAGCACAUUGCUAACACAUAAUACUACUUGCUGCCAGAAUCAGAUGUGUUGAAAAUAAAACAACAGAACCACCUCUUUUCUAUUGUCAUUAAAGCAAAGUUUACUUUAUAUUCUAACACAUUUUUAUUUUAUUUUGCAUUGUCACACAUUUAUUUAAAAGCUAUAGCCCUUUGGUAGUGAUGGUCAGGACAGUUUAUAUUUUGAACUGAUGUUUAUGUGUAUGUAGGUGUUCCUUUAUUCCAGGACUCUCAGAGGAGUCAAGGCGACUGUAAUGGCAGUUUUUGAAAUAUAUUGUAAAAUAAUAAAAUAACAAUGAAAAUUGA